UCUGGGGCCCGAUCCUUCCCCUUUAAGGCCCUGGGGCGCUGCCGCUCACCUGCGCAGGUGACGGCGGCGCUGACGUGCGCGGGGACCGCCAUGGCCGCCUCUGCCCUCUUCAUCCUCGACCUCAAGGGGAAGCCCCUCAUCAGCCGCAACUACAAAGGGGAUGUGGGGCUGGGGGAGAUCGAGCACUUUAUGGGGCUGAUGCUGCAGCGGGAGGAGGAGGGGGCCCUGGCGCCGCUCCUGCCCCACGGCCACGUCCAUUUCCUCUGGAUCAAGCACUCCAACCUCUACCUGGUGGCCACCACCAAGAAGAACGGGAACGCAUCCUUGGUGUAUUCCUUCCUCUAUAAGGUGGUGGAGGUGUUCCGUGAGUACUUCAAGGAGCUGGAGGAGGAGAGCAUCCGGGACAACUUCGUCACCGUCUACGAGCUCCUGGACGAGCUCAUGGAUUUCGGCUUCCCCCAGACCACCGACAGCAGGAUCCUGCAGGAGUACAUCACACAGGAGGGGACCAAGCUGGAGCGGGGCGGGUGCCGGGUGCCCAGCACCGUGACCAGCGCCGUGUCCUGGCGCCCCGAGGGCAUCCGCUACAAGAGGAACGAGGUCUUCAUCGACGUCGUUGAGGCAGUGAACCUGCUGGUGAGCGCCAGCGGCGCGGUGCUGCUCAGUGAGGUGCUGGGCACCAUCAGGCUCAAGGUUUUCCUCUCGGGGAUGCCCGAGCUCCGCCUGGGCCUCAACGACCGCGUCCUCUUCGAGCUCACCGGCAGGGGCAGGAGCCGGUCGGUGGAGCUGGAGGACGUCCGGUUCCACCAGUGCGUGCGCCUGGCGCGCUUCGCCUCGGACCGCACCAUCUCCUUCAUCCCCCCCGACGGCGACUUCGAGCUCAUGGCCUAUCGCCUCAGCACGCAGGCGAGCACGCGGCACCGGCACCUUUGGGGCACGGGGGGCACACACAUGGGGCUCACCGCAUCCCCCCCUCCGUGUCCAUCGCAGGUGAAGCCGCUCAUCUGGGUCGAGUCGGUCAUUGAGAGGUUCUCCCACAGCCGGGUGGAAAUCCUGGUCAAG